AUGGCAACAAAUUGGUGGAAAAUUAUAGUCUUGCAAAUAUUGAUAACUACUGUUAUCUGUUCAACUGGAUUGGAGAUCGGUGAUGAUUCAAAAUUGUCAAAUGAAAAUAUGAUUUCAUUAUUUAAACAGUUUGUAGAGGAUAUAAAUAAUCAACAUGCAGUUAAAGAGAAUGAUAAAGUAGAGAAAAUGAAAGAUUUUUAUCAACCAUCGGCAUUAACACCAUUAAAUGGCAAAUAUUUUGAUAAAUUCACAGAGGAUGAAUUAAAAAAUGAGGAGUUACAGCAAUCGAUAUAUGAUAACCUUCAAAAUAUAAAAAGUAUUGAUCAUUUUAACAAGAAAAGUGAUAAAACAAAUUUAUGUUAUUUUAAGAUUUGCAACAAAAAGAAAUCUGAAGACAACUUUGACAGAUUCAUCCGUUAUGUGACAAAAAGAUAUUAUAAUCCACAACAGUUUUAA